UAAGCACCGCUUUUCCUUACUUGAGACUUUCAAUUAUAUAUAGUCUCUCACACCUCUGCAGAAAUUCUGUAUCCUUUUCUCCCACUUUUGUUUCUUUGUUUCUUCAUUUCCAUGGAGGGAAAAGCAGGAAGAAAUGCCUUUCUUCUCUUCUUUUCCUUUACCAUUUUCUUUUCUCACUCAACUUCACUCAACUACCAGACCUUAGUUGCCAACCCCCUACGUAGCCAACCCACUCUCUCGUGGACAGACUCCGAAUCCCCGACAGACACAGCCGAAUCCUCCGCCACUUUCUCCGUACAGUUACACCACGUCGACGCAUUAUCCUUCAACUCGACUCCAGAAACACUCUUCACCACCCGGCUCCAGCGUGACGCUGCACGCGUCGAAGCUAUCUCCUACCUCGCUGAGACCGCCGGAGCCGGUAAGCGCGUGGGAACUGGAUUUAGCAGCUCCGUGAUUUCCGGUCUAGCACAAGGUAGUGGCGAGUAUUUCACGCGCAUAGGUGUAGGUACUCCUCCAAGGUAUGUUUACAUGGUGCUUGAUACUGGAAGCGACAUCGUUUGGAUCCAGUGUGCUCCCUGCAAAAGAUGUUACGCUCAGUCCGACCCGGUUUUCGACCCGCGCAAAUCUAGAUCUUUUGCUAGUAUUGCUUGUCGGUCCCCCCUGUGUCACAGGCUUGAUUCUCCAGGCUGUAAUACUCAAAAGCAGACAUGUAUGUAUCAAGUUUCUUACGGUGACGGUUCUUUUACUUUUGGUGACUUCUCCACUGAAACGCUGACGUUUCGACGUACUAGAGUUGCUCGUGUUGCGCUAGGGUGUGGCCAUGAUAAUGAAGGCUUAUUUGUUGGUGCCGCGGGUUUGUUAGGUCUUGGCCGAGGGAGGCUAUCAUUUCCGUCACAAACCGGUCGCCGGUUCAACCACAAAUUUUCUUACUGUUUAGUAGACAGGUCUGCUUCUUCUAAACCGUCUUCUAUGGUUUUUGGUGAUUCGGCCGUCUCUCGAACCGCCCGGUUCACUCCGUUGGUCUCUAACCCUAAGCUAGAUACUUUUUACUACGUUGAGCUCCUUGGGAUCAGUGUUGGAGGAACACGUGUCCCUGGUAUCACCGCAUCUUUGUUUAAACUCGAUCAGACUGGUAACGGCGGUGUGAUAAUUGAUUCGGGUACGUCCGUUACUCGUCUGACCCGACCCGCAUAUAUUGCUUUUCGGGAUGCUUUCCGGGCCGGAGCUUCGAAUUUAAAGAGGGCACCCCAGUUCUCAUUAUUCGACACGUGCUUUGAUCUGUCUGGGAAGACGGAGGUGAAAGUUCCGACCGUUGUGCUGCAUUUCCGCGGCGCUGAUGUGUCAUUGCCCGCUUCCAAUUAUUUGAUUCCUGUGGAUACUAGUGGGAACUUUUGCUUAGCGUUCGCGGGUACAAUGGGCGGGUUGUCAAUCAUAGGCAACAUCCAGCAACAGGGGUUCAGGGUGGUGUACGAUUUGGCGGGUUCUAGGGUCGGGUUUGCGCCGCGUGGAUGCGCGUAAUCAGCGUGCGUUUGGGGUUGGUAAGAGAUUAAAAGCCAAAAGAAAAAGAAAUCUUUUCUGUUAAAAUUAAUUUUUCUUUUUCCGGUUGCCGGUUCUACGACGUAAGAAUAUCUUUCUCGGAUAUGGAUGCGAAGAGGAAAGGAAGCAGGAUUCGGGAACUACUUGUUGUAUUAACUUGUCAAAUUGUAACUGAAAGCGAGGUUGAAAUGGUUAAUAUAAGCGCAAAUUCAGCUUGA